AUUAUUCCUGUUGUACGUUAGAGUUGCGUUAAAGUGAAACAUUUUUUAUUCAGAAGAAAAGAAACUCAGGGCACAUACGAUUCUUGAUCUGGAUUAUCUUUACAUAAAGAAGAAUGAAGGGAGGAGCACUAAUUUUAUUGGGCUUAAUAGCCCUGGUUUAUGCCAAGGAUGAAAAGGGAAAAGAAGAUAUUGGAACUGUUAUUGGAAUUGAUUUGGGCACAACAUACUCUUGUGUUGGUGUUUAUAAGAAUGGAAGAGCAGAAAUCAUAGCUAAUGAUCAAGGAAACAGAAUCACACCUUCUUAUGUGGCAUUCACUGCUGAUGGUGAACGUUUAAUUGGAGAUGCUGCAAAGAAUCAGUUGACCACAAAUCCGGAAAAUACUGUUUUUGAUGCCAAACGGUUAAUUGGUAGAGAAUGGUCUGAUGUUACUGUACAACAUGAUAUCAAGUUCUUCCCAUUUAAAGUAAUUGAAAAGAACAGCAAACCACAUAUAAGAGUAUUAGUCAGUGGUGAAGAGAAAAUCUUUACACCUGAAGAAAUCUCUGCUAUGGUUCUUGGUAAAAUGAAGGAAACUGCAGAGGCAUACUUAGGGAAAAAAGUUACUCAUGCUGUUGUCACAGUACCAGCUUACUUCAAUGAUGCUCAAAGACAAGCUACUAAGGAUGCAGGAACUAUUUCUGGUCUUGUAGUCAUGAGAAUUAUUAACGAACCAACAGCUGCUGCAAUUGCUUACGGCUUAGACAAAAAGGAUGGAGAAAAGAAUGUUUUGGUCUUUGAUUUGGGUGGUGGUACUUUCGAUGUGAGUUUGCUCACAAUUGACAAUGGAGUGUUUGAAGUUGUGGCAACUAAUGGAGAUACUCACUUGGGUGGUGAAGAUUUUGAUCAACGUGUAAUGGAUCAUUUCAUCAAGCUAUACAAAAAGAAGAAGGGCAAGGACAUUCGUAAAGACAGCAGAGCAUUGCAGAAACUGCGUCGUGAAGUUGAAAAAGCUAAGAGAGCACUCAGUGUUAGCCACCAAGUGAGGAUCGAAAUUGAAUCGUUCUUCGAAGGUGAAGACUUUUCAGAAACUUUGACGCGUGCCAAAUUUGAAGAGUUGAACAUGGAUCUUUUCCGAAGUACUUUGAAGCCUGUACAGAAAGUUUUAGAGGACUCUGACAUGAACAAGAAGGAUGUGGAUGAAAUUGUGCUUGUUGGCGGAUCUACUAGAAUUCCCAAAGUUCAACAAUUAGUCAAGGAAUUUUUUGGUGGCAAAGAACCAUCUCGGGGAAUUAAUCCUGAUGAAGCUGUUGCUUAUGGUGCUGCAGUUCAGGCAGGUGUACUCUCUGGAGAGCAAGAUACGGAUGCCAUUGUGCUUUUGGAUGUUAAUCCUCUUACUAUGGGUAUUGAAACUGUUGGAGGUGUAAUGACUAAACUUAUUCCGAGAAAUACUGUAAUUCCGACCAAGAAAUCUCAAAUCUUUUCUACUGCAACGGAUAACCAGCACACAGUCACUAUUCAAGUAUACGAAGGUGAACGUCCGAUGACGAAAGACAAUCAUUUACUUGGUAAAUUCGAUCUGACCGGAAUCCCGCCGGCACCCCGAGGAAUACCACAGAUUGAGGUAACAUUCGAGAUCGAUGCUAACGGUAUUCUUCAAGUAUCCGCUGAAGAUAAAGGAACAGGCAACCGUGAAAAGAUCGUCAUCACCAAUGAUCAAAAUAGACUUACUCCUGAUGAUAUCGAGAGGAUGAUCAAAGACGCCGAGAAAUUCGCGGCCGAUGAUAAGAAAUUAAAGGAACGAGUAGAGGCGCGUAACGAACUCGAAUCGUAUGCUUAUGCCCUGAAGAAUCAAUUGGCCGACAAAGAAAAACUUGGCUCGAAAGUCAGCGAUUCGGAUAAGACCAAGAUGGAAGAAGCUAUCGAUGAGAAGAUCAAAUGGUUGGAAGAUAACCAAGACACCGAUCCGGAAGAAUACAAAAGACAGAAGAAAGAGCUUAGCGAUAUUGUUCAGCCUAUAAUUGCUAAACUGUAUCAAGGUGCAGGCGGUGGUGUUCCACCAACCGGUGGAGAGGAGGAUGAUCUAAAGGAUGAACUUUAACCAUAAAUUCAUCAGUGUAUACGUUCGUCCUAAUUUAGACUGAAUUUUCACAGUUUCUUAUGCGAAUGCUGCAGAGAUACAACCACGUCGUUGAUACGUCGAGUAUAAGAAAAAGACUGAUCGACGAACGUUCGUUAUAAUACAUUCAGUUGCGUCAGAACUAAACGGUACACGGUUGUGAUGUUCACACCGUGUAGGGGCUCUGUAAUGUAUUUUGCCACGUAACAUAACGGUCUUGAUCUUCUCCGUAAAAAAAAGGAAGGUACACUUAAUGGAAACAUCUUUUACUGUUGAGAAUAACUUCCUCUAAUUUUCGAUUAAGACUAUACGCGUUAAUUUAUUUUACUUAAUUGUUUUGUAUGUUCCAUUACACACACACAUAUAUAUAUAUAUAUAUAAAUAUAUAUAUAUACAUAUAUUAUCGAAUAAACAGUUGUGUAACUCGCGUUCCAGGAUAUGCAACGUGCGCGUGAAUUAGAAUGAUUGUUUGUGCAAUGGCGACGUUACUUGUGCCUAUUACUGCCUGUGGGAAAACUAUAUCGUACUAUGUACAAUGUAGUCUGUAUGAGUGGAUGUCAUAUAUAUCAGUCACACCAAAAUAAACAUUUUUUCAGUAAAUCAUAAA